AUGUUAAUAUUUGUCCGUGGUUUAUCUGGUACAGUCACACCUCUUAAUGUGAGUCCAUAUGACAGUGUAUUGUCUGUAAAAAUAAGGAUAUUUUACUUAAAAAAUAUAUCUGUUCACGACCAACACUUAUUAUACUCUGGUGUUGAAUUAACAGAUCAAACAAUUCUAUCUACUGUAAAUAUUGGACAUGGCGCUUUAUUACUUCUUGUCCUAGGAUUAAGAACUGGACCAUUAGGUAGAUAUGAUUUAUGCACAUCAAUCAAUCAAAAAUAUUCCAAUAAUGACAUUUCAUCACAGUCUGCUAAUAAUAAUAAUAAUGACGAGACGGAAUAUACGCGAUUGUUGUCUCUCUUGUCAUCCUCCUCUUCUUACCCAUCUGUGUCAUCAUCAUCAGCAGCAGUGCCAACUGUCGUUUUUCCAUCGAUAUGUGUAACAGCUGUUGUCAAUGCAACUAAAAUAGCAUCAAAUGAAUUAGAACAAACUGAAACUAAUCUACUAAUGAAUUCAUUUGAAUCCUAUAAUGACAAUAAUGAUGAAAAUAUUAAUUCUAAUAGUUUCACAUCAUCAGAUGAUGAAAUUUAUCGAAUUGCUGAAAUUCUUGGUUAUGCUAUUGAUAACAAUGAACAGUUGUUAUCACCUUCAUUAUAUGAUUUCCCUACAACAGUAACGGACGAAAGUCAAUUAUAUGACUAUGAUAAUAAUGAUAUUGAUGAGACUGAUAUUUAUUAUCAUUAUGAACAGUCGUUUACUCCACCUCAACAAUUGAGUUGGGUAAUAACAUCGAGUUAUAAUUCCACACAACAAUUAAACAUACCAGAAACUAAUUCUUAUGAAUUAUGUGAUAAUAUCAAUUCAAACAACAAUUCAUUUCAAUAUAUUCAUGGAUUUAAAACUAUUGAAACACCUUCUAAACAUUAUCAAUCAACUGAUUCGUUAUUUGAUAAAACCAAUACAUCUACUUCUACUACUACUACUAGUAGUACCAAUAGUGUUAUCAUGAAUUCUUCCUAUGAUCAAUUGAAAGAUAAUUCAAUCUUCCCUUGUCUAAAAGAAGACGAUGAUAACAAUGAUAAUAAUAGCAAUAAUAACCAUACUAUUGUUGAUGUCAGAAGAUCUACACGUAAUAAUGAUAAGACAACUGCUAUGAUUGUUCACAAUGAUAAUGAUGAUGAUGAUUUUCAUUUGGACAGACAUUAUUCCAAUUCAAAUACUAUUCCUUUAUUGAAUACUACUACCAAUACUACUACUAUUACACAUCUUCCUAUUUCAUCCGGUGAUAAUUCUAUCACACAAUUAUUGAAUAAUUCAACUAUUAAUUUCAUUAAUAAUCCAUUAAUUAUCAAUCAUUUUCAAUCAUUAAUCAAUUCACCUUGUUCAUAUUCAUUUUAUUUAAUGAUGCAAAUGAAAUUAUUAUGUAAUAAUCAAUUUCAUUCAAAUGAAUAUUUAUUUAAUUUAAUACCAAAUAAUAAUACUAUUGUUAUGAAUAGAAGAACAUCAUAUACAAACAAAACUUUCGAAUCACCAUUGGAUCAAAAUUAUCUUCCACAAAUCACUAGAAGUCAUUCCAAUCAUUUAAAUAACAAUGAAUAUAAUAUUACUGAAAGUUAUUAA